AUGGGUGAAAGUAGUGAGAAAACAUUAACAACUUCCUUUAGCAGAGUAUCAGUUAGCAGGGAAUCCCGUUUUCCCCUCGAUGAUGAUGAUGAUGAUGAUCAGGCGGGUCAUCCUCGGCUGCUCGUAUCUCAUGGCCCAUACCUCAAAAAGCACGCGCUCUACAACAUAUCCAAAAACCAACACGUGGACUUGGACGUACCCGAGCUAGCCUCGAAGGAGGUGUUCUUCACCUCGUACGGCAACUGGGUCGUCCUCAUCGACUUAAUCAUCGAUUCACUACGCCCCGUACAAACUUGUGGUUUUUGUGUCCUUAACAUAACAUCCGGCGAGAAGAUUCGUAUCCCGCACAAGUGGCACGGCAGAGUUUUCCAGUGCAUCCUGUCCGGGCCCCCGACCGAGCCCGACUGCCACCUCAUCAUCCUCCCGGAGCCUAGAGUUAACCAUCUCUAUUACUGCCGGUUGGACGAUGGCCACUUCAUUGAGGCACGGUGGAAUUUCGUGUACAACUACAAUACCAAAAUUACCGCGCCGACUGCUGCUAGUUUUGGCGGGAAAACCUAUUUGUGGAAGGGAGACAGUUUGUUCGAGUUAGUGUUUCGUGGCGAUCGGAAGCUAGAUUUUGUCCCGCUCGUGCAUGUGGCUGUGGCGGAUGAGCUCUUCAGGUGGCCGGUGAAAGCCCGGCGCGUCGAGGACUUCAUAGUCCCGGUGGAAUAUGGGGAGAUACUUGUGGUUCGAGCGGUCUUCGAUAGGUACACGGACUUGUUCGAAAACGUGGCGUAUUUCAAGGUUUUCCGCAUAAUUAUGGGGAAUGGGAAUAAGGAGUGUGUGGAGGAGCUGACGAGCAUAGGAAAUCGUGCCCUUUUCUUGGGGAAGCACGGGAGCACGGCAUGUUUUGCAGACGGGUCCUCAUCAGGGGUUAGAAGGAACUCGAUAUAUUAUUAUUGGGACAAUCAGGAUAUAUUUGUGUAUGAUUUCGAGGACCGGAGCACGACACCACUCAGACCGUGCCCGCCGGUUAGGAGUGGAAUAUUCUCUUUGUGUUGGGUGUGA